UCACAGGCGACAGAGCUCAUCCACGAGAAGAAUCUCACAGGAACCGAAGAUGCCCGCUGAUCCAGUGAAAGCACCGAAGAAAGGCUCAAAGAAAGCUGUUUCUAAGAGCGUCACUAAGACCGGCAAGAAGAAGAGAAAGACCAGGAAGGAGAGCUAUGCCAUCUAUGUCUACAAGGUCCUGAAGCAGGUCCACCCCGAUACUGGGAUUUCCUCCAAGGCCAUGCUGAUCAUGAACUCCUUUGUCAGCGAUAUCUUUGAACGCAUCGCCGGUGAGGCCUCCCGCCUGGCUCACUACAACAAGAGGUCCACCAUCACCUCCAGGGAGAUCCAGACCGCCGUCCGCCUCCUGCUGCCCGGUGAGCUGGCCAAGCACGCCGUGUCCGAGGGAACAAAGGCCGUGACCAAGUACACCAGCUCCAAGUAAACCUGCUCUUUACUCCAACCACACAAAGGCCCUUCUCAGGGCCACCCA